AUGGCCUCGAGAUUGAUCUCCUCCAUUACAUCUACUCCCGGCCAGAUCUUAAAUAAUUCAACAAACUCCAAUGAUGACCAUUGGUCCAGUCAACGCCCCUUCAUCAAGAAACUGAUCUCUGAGUGCCGGCCCUCUUCGAUGAUGGAGCUAGACACCUGCAUUGGCUAUUCAGUCAUUUUAUUUAGUGAAUCUGUCGUCGCUCAUGGUGGCAGGUGA